CCUAUACCUACUGAACCUUGUAAACAGCGGCAAUAUCAUCUUCACUGCAACUUCCCGUGGAAAUGGGGACGCUUGCUGCUGACGAAAAACAACCGUUUUUGAUCGAGAAAGCAGUUUCAAAUCAUACUAAAAGAGAUACCGAUCCAUGGUACAAGAAGCCAGUUUGGAACACUGACGAGAAAACUAAGCAUAUGAUGGGGCGCACUGUGUGUGGAUGGGUUAAGUUUUGGUUGCAUUACCUCAUCUUGUACAUAUGCUUGCUCACUAUAAUGACUGGAUUGCUGAUAAUAAUAACUCAGCUUAUCAUCAGUAAUGAUCAACCUUACAUAACUGGAAUGGAUAGUCCGCUUGCACUUUCACCAGGUUU